AUGGUGGGUGAAACGGUUUGCAAGGCUGAGUUUGAUGGUGUGUUUACUGAACUGGAAGGGGUUUGUUCAUUAAACGGAGAAGUGACUAAUGGAGUUGUGGCUGAAGGAGUUGGUGAGGUGGAGGUCGGAAGGGAAGAAGUAGAACCAGGAG